AUGAACAGAGAGUAUGAAUUUCGGGUGGGACUGGAAUUUAAAUCAUUAAAUCAAUUUCAAGAUGCUAUUAAGAAGCAUGCCCUAUUGAAUGGUUGGGACAUCAGGUUUCGAAAAAAUGAUGAGGUGAGGUGCAGAGUUGUUUGCAAAGGAAGAAAGAAAAAGUUCAAGUGGGUUUGUUUUGCAAGUAAGGUUGGUGGUUCUAACUGUUUCAAGAUCAAGACUUUGACUGGAAAACAUACUUGUGGAAGGAAUUAUAGCGGAAGACUUGCAUCAAGCAGUUGGAUAUCAAAGAAGAUCGGCAACAACAUCAGUAGAGGCAAGAAAAUGAAGCUUGCGACAGUUAUUCAGACCAUCCAAGACCAAUAUAUGGCCAAUAUCACUGUUGAGAUACUUAGGGAGAAUCCAGGAUCUAGUCUGAGCAUAUUGGUUGAUAGGCCUUCUCUUACGCACCAGCUCCGAUUUAUGAGAAUGUAUAUGUGCCUUGAUGCAGUCAAGAAAGGUUUCUUGGCAGGUUGUAGACCUAUUAUUAGCGUCGAUGGUUGUCACUUGAAGGGUGACCAUGGACAGCAGCUGCUAGUUGCUGUUGGCAGAAAUCUGAAUGACAAUUACUCUCCGAUUGCAGUGGCUGCAGUAGAGGCAGAGACUAAGGACAGCUGGGGGUGGUUCCUGAGAUGCUGUUAA